UAUCAAGUGGUAGCACGAUGAAGUUCUACUACUACUACUACUAGCAAAUAGCAACUAGCAAAAUCACUCAUUCAUAAAAGACCAAAUUCUAAUUAAAUGCGAUGGACAUGUAUUUUGGAAACCCUAAUUCUAACCCUUAUCACAAUAAUAAUAUAUCUCCUCCUCCUCCUUUCUCGUCUGAUUUCAUUAAUUUAUCUGAUUAUCUGGUGCUGGAUGAUGAACAUCAAGAAUGUUGGUCACAAAGUACAGGAACUGAAUCAUCAGACAACAAGGCACCUUCCACCACCAUUGAUAUUAAUGUCAUCAAUCAAGGAUUAAUUUGUGAUGAAAUUGAAACCUCUACCAACAACAACAAUAACAUGAUGAAACGUAAAAGCGGGGUGAUGAAGGAAAAUACAGUAGAUGUGAGCCCAAGGGUUACGUUUAGAACGAGAUCGCAGCUUGAGAUUAUGGAUGAUGGAUACAAAUGGAGGAAGUAUGGAAAGAAGUCUGUCAAGAAUAGUCCAUACCCAAGGAACUACUACAAGUGUUCAGGUGAAAGAUGUGGUGUUAAGAAAAGGGUGGAAAGGGAUAGGGAAGAUUCAAGCUAUGUGUUAACAAGCUAUGAAGGUGUUCACAAUCACGAAAGCCCCUGCAAUUCAUACUGCACCCCAGUGUCUUUGGUGUAUUCCAAUGAAUGGCCACAGCAGAACCCUUCUGCAACCUCUUCUUCCAAUUAAUGCUAAGUUAAUCAUAUAGUAUAAGUAUAUGUGUGUGUGUGUAUAUAUAUAUAUAUAUAGCUAGCUGCUCUUAAUAAAAGGCUAGGAAGGUUUGAUCGAGUUGGUAAGUUGUAUUGGCUAUCUUCCUGUUAUCUAAUCAUAGUUAUUUUCUGCUAAACAUCGUAUUCGACCAUUGCUAAAUUCGGUACUGAGUUUUUAA